CCGCCCGCUGGGCCGCACGGUGUGUCGUCACGUCCGGUGGUCUCGAGCUCGGAGAAGAUGGCGGCUGUAGUAGUGAGCGCUGAUGGAGGCGUCGCGCCGCUGGACUCGAACCCCGCGUCGCCGCGGACCCCGUCUCCAGCGCCGGAGCAGCCGCUGCAGAACAACGCGCUGCUGGGGCUCCCGAUCGUGGCCAUCGAGAACAUCCUCGGCUUCCUGUCGUACGACGAGAUCAGCCUGCUGCGGCUGGUGUGUAAGCGCAUGGAUGUGAUUUGCCAGCGCAUGCUCAAUCAAGGCUUCCUGAAAGUGGAGCGCUAUCACAACCUGUGCCAGAAACAGGUCAAAGCCCAGCUGCCCAGAAGAACAAUGAUGGGAUGUGUUGCCAUCAGGUUUAGAUUUGAAACCAAAACCCUUAAAAAGCAGCUCCUUCUGUUGGUGAUCGAUGAGAUUUAUCGUGUUUUGCGGUAUGUGAACUCCACACGCACGCCGCAGAGAGCUCACGAGGUGCUGCAGGAGCUGCGAGACAUUUCCUCCAUGGCCAUGGAGUACUUCGACGAGAAGAUCGUCCCCAUCCUGAAGAAAAGGCUUCCCGGUGCGGACCUCUCCGGACGACUGAUCGGAUCUGCCCCGGUGGCCGGUCCCUCUACCUCUCUGACCACCAUGUCCCUGCUGGCCAAAAACACUCCGUCUCGCUCGGAGAUGACGAAGGUGCAGCAGCAGGUGAAGGUGAAUGGCGUGUCGAUGACGGCGCUGCGGCGAGAGAUGCAGGAGGUGCGGGUCAAGCAGCUGGAGCAGCAGAAGCAGCUGCAGGAUCAGGAGCAGAAGCUGCUGGAGCAGUCGCAGGUGAUCGGAGAGCAGAACGCCCGGCUGGCCGAGCUGGAGCACAAGCUCAGAGAACUGAUGGACAGCGCGGUGGCCUCCAGCUCCUCCACAGCCGCCGAGGGCGAGAGCAGCCUGUGUCUCAAACGGCCCCGCAAGUGCUCGGACCUCCCGCGUCACUCCAAACGCCUGCGUAGCAAGAAAUAGAGGGACGCUUCUCUGUACCUUUUAAGUUUUCUUUUGCUUCCUUAAAGCUAUAUAAUUUCUUCCACUUACGUCAAAUGAU